AAUGGCAAGCUGCAUACCGAAAACCUCAAACCAACAUCAAAAAUGGCAAUGGGAGGAGGAUCGCAUUUGCAGGGACACCGGGCGCCGAGGCUGUUCGGCAGGGAAAGGCCGGUCCAUGCCGCCCUGGGUGGACGCGAAGCGGCGGACAUCAUCCUGUGGAGGAGGCCGAAGGUGUCGGCGUCGAUCCUCGGCGCGGCGACGGCGGCGUGGGGUCUGUUCGAGGUGGCGGAGUACCACUUCCUGACGCUGGCGUGCUACGCCGCCAUGAUUACCAUGCUCACCUUCUUCAUCUGGACCAACGCCUCCGCUUUCCUGAACCUGCCGGUUCCAAGGAUCCCUGAGACAAUCCUGUCGGAGAGGACGGCGAAGCAGGUGAUCCUGGCCCUGCACAGGCGGCUCACCUGGUUCGUGCACCGGCUGUACGCCAUCGCCUGCGGGGAGGACAUCAAGAAGUUCAUCAUGACGGUGGUGUCUCUGUACAUCGCGUCGGUCGUCGCGACCUGCUUCAGCUCCCUCACCCUGCUCUACCUCGUUGUGUUCUUCACGAUGACGGUGCCGGCGCUGUACGAGCGGUACGAGCACGAGGUGGAGCACCUGGUGGCCACGGGGGCGCGCGACGUCCGUACCCACUUGGCCAAGGUGGACUCCGGCGUGCUCCGGAAGAUCCCCAGAGGCAAAGGCGCCACCACCGCCGCACACGGGACGACGGCCAACAACGUGCACGGGUGGCAUCGCUCGCACGUCAACUAAACCUACCCAGCCAACAACAUGCUACUACUAACCAACCUUUACAGAGAUCGAGCGAGCUGCGGACAGAUGUAAAUAUAAGUUCAGAAUAAGACCUGAACGAACCCAGCUAACUACAUGCUCAUCAAUCAGCACACUGUGCAGAGAGGGAGCUGCAGACAGAUGUAAAUUUAUAAGGUUCAGAACAAGACCUGAACGAACCAACAUAUGUUCAUCAA